GACAGUUAGAUCAGGCCUUACUGAACACCAUGUUUUGUGCGAUAUCUGGAGAAGUACCGGAAGAACCGGUCUUGUCGACCAAGUCUGGUCUCGUUUAUGAAAAGAGACUCAUUUUGAAGCAAAUUGGCGAUACCGGCAAAGAUCCUAACACUGGUGAAGAUUUGACGGCCGAAGAUCUCAUAGACAUUCAAUCCAAUCCCAAGACAGUCAAACCACGUCCCCCAACUUUGACCUCCAUUCCUUCACUACUCACUGUAUUCCAAAAUGAAUGGGACAGCUUGAUGCUCGAAACGUUCACGUUGAAGCAGCAGUAUCAGCAAGUUAGACAAGAGCUUAGUCACGCGUUGUAUCAAAACGACGCAGCAUGCAGAGUCAUCGCUCGAUUGAUCAAGGAGAGAGAUGCUGCUCGAGAAGCUUUGGCUAACGUUCAAGCUCACCUUGGUACUCAAACUACACAAGCUCCAGCUGCUGAGUCAAUGGAGGUUGAUUCACAAGAGUCAGGAUUGCCUGCUGAAGCUGUUGAGAAGAUAAAUGCCACAAGUGAACGCUUGUCGGCUACACGUAAGAAGAGAAAGCCACCGACGGAACACGCAUCAGCUGAAGCCGUCGCUGCCUUCACUCAAGUGCAAUCGGUGCCAUCCAUGCAUAACGCUCGUCCCGCCGGUAUUACAGCACUCGAUAUCGACGAUAAGCGCGGUAAUGUUUUGACUGGAGGAAACGACAAGCAUGUCCAAGUAUACAGCAGAGAGAAGGAUAAGGUGUUGGCCAAUCUGACUGGCCAUACCAAGAAGGUCACGUCAGUUAAAUUUAGAGGUGAUACUGACAGCACAGACGAAAUCGACAUUGCCGUAUCCGCCAGUGCUGACAAGUCUGUUCGUGUGUGGGGUACCGGAGAGAAAGGUUAUGGGUUAUUGCACAAUAUCCAUUCUCACAAGAGUGAUGUCAAUGCUGUCACAGUCCAUCCAUCAAAAUCCUAUUUCGCAAGUGCUGCUUUGGAUAGCACCUGGGCAUUCCAUGAUUUCGAGACUGGUUCUACAUUGAUCAGUGUUUCUGAUUCAGAGACUGACGCAGGAUACACGGCGGCUAACUUCCAUCCUGACGGUAUGAUUCUUGGAUGCGGUACAGCUGAUUCAACUGUUCGUAUAUGGGAUAUCAAGUCUCAACGCCCAGCUGCUUCCUUCGCGGGUCACACUGGCAAGAUCACGGCUCUCAACUUUUCUGAAAAUGGUUAUAUUCUUGCUGUUGCAUCAGAGGACAACCUUGUCAAGCUUUGGGAUCUUCGUAACUUGACCAACACCAAGACAUUCACCUUAGAGGAAGGAUACAAGAUCCAUGAUCUCAAGUUCGACUACUAUGCAAAGUAUCUUGCCGUUGCUGGUACUGAUUUGACCAUCCUCAAGGCCAAAGACGGUGCUCCAAUUGUAUCUUUCAAAGAAAACACUUCCGAUCUCACUUCUGUCCACUGGGAUCCUCUUGCCACUUAUGUUGCUGCUGCUGGUAACGACCGCACUCUUCGCAUCUUCUCUACUGCUUCCGAAUAGAGAUUUGAAUAGAAAAAAAAAAUUAACAAAUAGCAAAACCUCUUUCUUUUUUUUCUUCUCAAAAUGUUUAUUCAAAUGUAAUACUUUUCUGUUAAAAACCAACAUGGCGAAAAGAAACCUCCCCUAUCUGACGCCCUAAGUGUGAAAUAUUUCCUGGCGUGGUGAACAUCGUCUCGCUAGAUGUGGGCUGUUGACCAUCCAUUUGACCGGUAGGCCCAUAGGGACCAGCUAUAUUGUAUUAGAUGCCAGCAUGGCCAUAAUGGAGUCCACAUUUUGUAGGUUGAAACAAGGUUUUGAUCUAUGUCCACCACUGGGUGUCAAAGCGGGAUAUUCAUUUUACUGCGAACUACUACGCUGUCCUUGAAAGUCGCAGUAGCGGCCAUCCAUACUACGGCG